AUGGGGUGGAAAGAAAGAGAAAAGAUGGAGAAAUUGGAGGAAAGAUAUAUGAAGUGGGUGCUGGGAGUAGACGGAAGAACGCCGGAGUAUGUGAUAAGGGAGGAGUUGAAGAGGGAAAAAUUGAGAGGGAGGGCAGGGAAAAGGGCGUGGGAUUUUGAGAGAAGAAAAAGGGACUGGAAAAAGAGACUGGAAAAGGGGAAGAAAAGUGCGUUGGCAAAAAGGUGCUGGGGGGAGAUGAUGGAAAGAGUAGGAAAGGGAAAGGCAAAGUCAGAGUGGGAGGGAGAGAGGAGGAAGUUCUUCGAAGAGAAGGGAAUAGAGUCGGAAGAGGCGAAAGAGAGGAGGGAAAAAGGGGAUUUAGAGUACGGGAAGAUUAGAAAAAAGGACAGGGAGAUGCAGGAGAAAGAAAGAGAAGAAAAGAUAAGAGGGUCAAGGUAA